CUGCCUUUAAUCCAAGAGAAGAAGAAGACAGAAGCGGAAGUGGAGUAAAACCAAGAACCGGAAGUGUCGUGAUCUCGGCUGAGCUAAGAAUGGCGGAGGACGAGGAUGAGACGGGCUUCGAGGAGGAGUUGGACGACGGCUCCGGCGGCGUCGAUGUCGGCCACGGCAGGAGGAAGAGGCUCUUCUCCAAGGAGCUCCGGUGCAUGAUGUACGGCUUCGGGGACGACCAGAACCCGUACACAGAGUCCGUGGACAUUCUGGAGGAUCUGGUGAUCGAGUUCAUCACCGAGAUGACCCACAAGGCCAUGUCCAUAGGGCGACAGGGCCGUGUCCAGGUGGAGGACAUUGUUUUCCUCAUUCGCAAGGACCCGAGGAAGUUUGCCCGAGUCAAAGACCUGCUGACCAUGAACGAGGAGCUGAAGAGGGCGAGAAAAGCCUUCGACGAGGCCAACUAUGGCUCCUGAACUCAUCCACCUGUGUCACUCCUCCACAUUCACCUGUUAUUCUGUGUUCAAGCUCGUUCACACUUGAGUUUCUGCCCUUUGUCCUUUUAUUCUGACGUGAGUGAGUGAACUGUAUAAUGUUAAUGUGUGUAAGAGCUGUUAUGAUGUCUGGGACUGUCUAUAUCAAAGGAAUAUAGACAGGAAUUUAGUUUUAUUAGUCUAUAAUGUAUGUGAAGUUAUUUUCAUCUGACUGAAAUAAAAAAGAAAAUAAUUCAG